CAACGACUGAUAUGAAUCAUCAGCGCCUAUACUCAUAGGUGCCUAAGAUUUUAGAGCGUAGGCGCCCUCUGGUUUUGGGUCCUCAGCCUGAUCGUGUACUUCAAGGCGUACUCCUUUCGGGGAGAGAGAAUGACAUAUAAGACGCCAUGUCACCGUUCACAUUCUCGUCUCGAAUUGCAGUCCCGCCAGAGCCUGUUUGCGAGAGAUUUUCUACCAUUAUAAGCCACGGGAUAGCAACCCAUCAUCGACCCGAUCACUCAUCCAGACAUCGAAGGUCUCAAUCAAGAUGUGUAUCCAAUGGUACCGGAUGUACACGUGUGGCUGUGAAAAAGACCGAGGAGUUCGAACAAUGCGAGGAACGGCGAGGCACGAAUGUCAAAUGCUCUCCCAUGAGAUGGAGACCAUUGGAUCCUUCGGUCCACAUGUGUGUACGGCAUAUGGUGAAGCCCGGCAAGGAUGAAAUGCACAGAUAGGAGGAUGCUGGAUGGAGGGGGAUGAGUACCUAGACGGUGAUCUUUGUGAAAUCCUCU